UGCUCCCUAAACCGUGUGAGCAACAUGACGCACAGGACAGUGGGAGUCUCUCCAGGAACAAGCUCAUUACAGUAAUACCCUAGAAAGCUCUGCAAUACAAUAUCGGAUAUAUAUGAAGUAUGCUCUUUCCUUAAAAAGAUGAAGAAGACUUGUUUCUUCACUUGAGAAGGUAAGGACGGGCAAUGCGCUCGUGAGCAAUUUGCGGAGUUGCUGAAGAGACAGAAAGCAUCUAAAGGAGCUGUUUUUGUUCUCACUUGGUGAUACCGUGUUCUUUUUUUUAAACCGUGGACCGUAUUGAGAGUUUACAGAGAAACUGAUACCGAUGUCUGGGCUACUAAAGACGAUUUAAGUCACUUGUCUUUUGUAAUUAUUCCUAGCAUUGAGGUUUGUUCGUUGCGGCGCCUGAACUUUUUUCUGUGAGCGUUUCGCUGCAUGAAGCUUCGGUCCUUCGUGAGCAGAGGUUGCGACGGUGGCAUUCAUUUUUUUUCUCCUACACGUAAGGGAUUUUAAUCCCCUUUUCCCUUUUACUUCGUGCAUUGCGAAGAUGUCGCACUGAGACGAUAUGGAAUUUCGGCUGUAACGCGUUUCCGGUGAUCAGACAGAGCGGACAUGCAGCUCGUGCGGGCGGUUUGCGCGCUCGCGGCCGCGGCUUCGGCCCUUCUCCUUAUCCUCCUCUUCCAGGCGCGCGCUCUGCGUGAAGGUCAGCUGGCAGCAGGCACAUGUGAAAUUGUCACACUAGACCGAGACAGCAGCCAGCCAAGGAGGACCAUCGCACGGCAGACAGCCAGGUGUGCCUGCAGGAAAGGCCAGAUUGCCGGGACAACCAGAGCCAGCCCGGCAUGCGUAGAUGCUCAUAUUGUGAGGAGCAGACAGUGGUGUGAGAUGAUGCCUUGCUUGGAUGACGAAGGCUGUGACUUGUUAAUGAACAGAUCGGGUUGGAGAUGUGUACAGCCUGGAGGCAAAGUGAAAACUACCACAGUAUCAUGACAUUAGCUGUGGAUGUAGACCACCCAUCAAUAAGGGGAUUAUAAGCCUGUUCCUGGUUCUUGAUUGAUCCCGCAACAUAGCGGAUAAUGGAGUUCUGAGAAAUACUGCUGGACCGAGCAAGAUUGCGGAUUUUUCUCUCCAGUAAUGUAACAUUUUACAGACCAAAGAAAAACUGUUGGAACGCCAUCACCUACUUGGAAGGAUAUUGGUGAUGUGAGUUAAAAGUGAUAAACAUAUACACACAUCUAGGCAAACAGAAAAACUCACAAACAUACACUGAACACACAUAUACCUGAUGGCACAAAGAGAAAUAAGGAUAACUUUUAUUCUCAUCACAUCUUUAUUGGAUGUAUCAGUCAGUGCUCAUACUGCAUAAUGAACAUAAAUCAGGUACGUUUGGAAAACUCAACAACUCUGCUGAUGACAUGUGACAAGGAACUUUGGCAAAGACUACUAAAUUUUUUUUUUUUCAAAGGCACAGAAUGUAUUUAAUAUUUCUUAUGUUGUAAUUUUCUAGACUUGCUUAUUUAAAAUGUGAUCAUGUGUACAACCAUAAAAAAACUCUGUAGAGGUCUACGUCCUCUAAAAGGCAUUAUAUUGACAACCUAUUAUUUCAGCACUGAAUAAAAUACAGAUAAAUCUCACAGUA